AUGUCUGCAACCGCUACCAAGGUCACGUCCGUGUGCUCCACUUCGGGCGCACCAACUCCACCAAACCCAACGCCGCGCACAGAAGCCCUCGACGAUAUCGACUCGCCACCGCGUGUAGACCUCGCGGACGUUGGCAGGAUCCUCGGACCUAUUGAGGAGGACCUCAACGAAAGCGCCGACGCGGCCAUGUAUCCUAGCCCUCCUAUCAACACGCCCGAGACCUUCUCUCCGGCACCUUCUGUCAAGUACGGUCGCGGACGCGGUCUGAGCGCCAUUGGCGACCGUCUCGCCCAACUCAAGCUCGAAGAGCGCAGCUCAUCCGGCAAGGACGCUGAUGUCACUUCCAGCAACCGCUCCGCCGUGGCUUCGAUUGCGGAGGAUGACGGUGAAGACGUCGCUGAUGAUAUGAGCUCAACCGGUAAAUACUCCACUGCAAAAGCUCAUCAUAAUAUUACAUCUGCCUCUUCACUUAUCUCUCCAACUGCAGGCUCUAUCCCGAUCAUGCUGGGCUCCCCGAGGAUCAACCCGCUUAUCGAAGAAUACCUCAACUUCAACAGCCACGAUCUGCCGGUCUCCAAUCCGGACAAGAAGCCAACCUCUUCCACUGAGGUCCCCCCCGAGGGCAGCCAUAGCCGCGGAAAUUCGAUCAAGAGCGACGGCGCCGUUAGCGGAGUCUCCGAGAAGACGAACUGGGCCGAGGAGGUGGAGGACUACGCCGAUCGUGCCAUCAUGCAGCUUGAACAGCUGGCUCUCGACGAGUUUAUCGCCGACCCGAGCCGCAGCAUAGAGGACCACUAUGUUGCACGCCUGAAGAAGCUCCUCGCUGCGGCUCACAGGAAGGCCCCGGUCGAGGUCAGCAAGAUGCGGAAGGAGGCUGGGGAGUAG